AUGAACCACAAAAUCACGGGUCAGAUGAAGAAGCUAGAAGGAGUCAAGCACACGAUGAGCCUGACGCUGUCAAUUGCUCAACUGGCCGAGAAUUACCAAGCACCAUACUCGCACGCGUCGCUCAGAGCUCUGCGCCUAAAAGCCAUGAUCACCAUUGAAAGGUCCCGAAGAGCCGUCUCGCAGCUCAUGGACACUCUGUUUCAACCGCAGAUAGAGGCUGUCCAGCAACAGCAGAUCGCCCACGAUGAAAGACCGCAGGCGAUGGCCACAUGGAUGUCACUGAUGCUGUCAGCGCCAAACAUACCUCUGGAUCGCCGGUUGCCGAGUAAUGAGAUUGGGCAGAUUGCCAGACAAAAUGAGCGAGCAGUUGAGAUUCACAACAAGCCAGGGCUUCGACCGAAACCGAUGGAGGGCCUGGAAGUAACGGCAACCAGAUUCUCGGCCCAAGAUAUUGACAAAAGGGCCCUCGAAGAACUCCAUCUCGAUUGGCAGACUUCUGCUGAUAAUUCUACCGUGCUUGUCACGAAAGACAAAAGACCACUGAAUGAGUUCGAAGUAGAUAUGGUUGCUGGGACCAGCAUAGUUAUCCAGGCUACAUCUAACCCGGACUGGCACGUCAUGAACACACCUUUUAUGAGCUUGGGACGCAAAGCGUUGGCGCAUCGCUUGAUAGAAGAUUGGACGACAUUCGAUAUCAGGGUGUUUUCUGAUGACACAGACGGUAAUAAUCAUUUACAUCCCGAAACUCAUGUUAACGAGGUUCGAGGUGGCGACGAUGACUCAAUCUUCACAAGCUCAUCUGAUGAGUAUGUGAAUCAGUACUUAUAUUCGCCAGCCUUGGGCCUCGGAAGUGAGCUCAGAGUUCGCAGUGGGCCAUCCAAGAACAUCCACUGGCGCUUUUCGCAACCAACAGUCGAGACCCAAUGGGCCGAUCCAUGCGAGCCGUUCCGUUCCCGCGGGAGCACGGCCACCUUUACCUGA